AUGUCACCUUCAGCCAGCCUAUCAGGGAACCCAGACCCAGUACCUCACUCCCCAGGGUGUUCGGCUAUCUCAAGAUGUGUCUCACCGCGUGCGGAGGAGCUAGUUCAACUGUUGGACCAUUUUAGCUCGUUUUGUGUACUAGAUGCGAAGUCACCUAGUAACGCAGUUAUCGCAGCAUCUAAGGACAUAUAUUCCGCGGGCGGACGUGGAGAACAAUUCCCACUGAAUAUUAAGGUCCUUGAAGAAGAAUCCUGUCCUGUUGUUUCAGGGUUCGAUGAUCACGGGAAUAAUGUUUCAUAUCUUAUCAUCGCUACGAAGUUAUAUACUGCAAAGUCAGGGAAAUUCCAGCUAUUUCUCGCUACUCUUCUUGAUAUCACAGACUUUCUGCAUGCUGUUACACUCGAAGACUUGGAACUAAGACGAUAUCCUGGGACACUUGAUAACGGUCGUGGGGGUUUAUCUAGCAUCCCUUCUCGACUCAAUCUCGACGCCGCAGAUAUCACCGAUACCUCGCUAAAGGCCAUGGACGAGAACAAAGGAACGGAAGUACGACUAAGCCAAAGCCCGACGAGCAUGAGCCCAUCUCAAACAAUAGAACAACUGCUUUCAGAGUUUAGCGCCGAACUCCUCUAUCUUUACAAAGAUACUUUCAUUCUAGCGAGAUCGCCUCAAGACAACACGUUAUACAAAAUUUCUCACGUCUCUCGCUCACUGUAUGCGGAGGGUGAAUAUAUCCACAGCCAUUUAAAACACACUCCAACAGACAAAAUGCAGUUACUCAGUGAACAUUUGGGAAAGGACUGUCGAUUUGAUCUGGUUGUCAACUGGGGAGACUCUGGUGUAGAGAAACGACUAUAUUGUGCUCCGAUUUAUUACAGCUCUUCGUGGGACUGGGUUUGUACGAUGACUGAUAUAGAUGUUCCGUAUCUUUGGCACCGGAAGAAGUCUUAA